AUGACCAUUCUGGACUUGAAGUCGCCUCCUUCUUCCGUCAUGGAUGCAAAGGACAUGUUUGACGCAAAGACUUCCCCACAUGCGGACCACUGGCUAGUCAAUGCCAUGAUCCUGGAUAGGGGCAGGAAAGUCAUCGAUGUGGCUGUGGCCAAUGCCAAGAGCAGAGAAAUGCAAGCUGGAGUACUCGAGAUCAUCGCUGAGGGAAUUGAGAAGUUGGAAAGCGCAGACUUGCUUUCUGAGGAUGUUUUCGAAAAGGGCGAUGUGGCCAGAUCGCUUUUCACUGCAGAGUACGGGAAGAUGGUUGCCAGUGUUGAGAAGGUUUUGCACGAGCCAGGUACAAAAGCUCUGAAGGGCCAAGACCGGGAGUGCGUCAAUGAUCUUUCUACACGUAUCACUUCCGCAGCUGCUGUGGCAGUGCAGGCUUGCAUCCGGUUUGAUCUUCUUCCUUUCCAUGCCUUGCUUUUGAAAAGCCUCCAGGAUGGCAAGGAGCCAGAUGAUAUUAGUGUCCCUUGCGAGCCUUUGAGGCCAGAAGCAUGCAUUCUCUACAUGCAGGCAGCUGUGCAGCAGAAAGUCAUGACAGCCAUUAUGGACUUUUGCAAUUUCAUGCCUGACUUCGCUGGAAAGUUGGUAGAAGCUCGGACAGCCGAGGGUCUCUCAGCAUCAGAAGCUCAACAGGAAACUGACGGCCCUGUUAGCGAACUUGCAGGUGCAUCAACUCAGAUCUCUGAGAAAGUGCGCACCGUGUUACAAGGUCAAGUUCACAAAGAGCUGGACAUUCGGAUCAGCACAUGUAUCGACUGCUUGCAGACUGUCGUUGGAGAAGUGCUGCCAGACGACACCACCCCAGUGCCACUGUCCAAAGAACGGAUUGCCGAGUUUGACGAAGACUUGCAGAAGGCAAGGGUUUUGACAAGUGUCAUUCCCGAUGGAGCAGGCAUGCGGGAUGGAUUGCUGGUCAUUGAGGCACUUGUGAGUUUCUACAUUGCAUGGUGUCCAGAGCCAAACAAGAGAACUGCAGGUCCAGCCAACCCAGAGAAGCUUCGCAAGCAGGAUUACCAUGUGCUCAGUCUGUUCACUGGCUUCAUGGCAGAGGCUGAAGACCAUUUGGUUCAGGUCAGGAAGGUCACGCAGAUGAUGGAGAAGGUUUCCUACGUUGGCCAAAACAAGCUGAACAACAUGGAGGCCUUCCACAAUGACACAGAGCUGAUUUACCUGGACACGCUGAAGGAGGUGAGAGCAGUGCUGAGCGACAUCAAAGACACUUUCGCGGAAGAGCUUGACUCGGCAUGCUCACAGUGUGGUGAUGUUACUUUGCCCCGGGAGCUUGCCAAUGUUAGCACCCUUGAGGAUGUUACCAAGCAAUCCGAACUGAUCCAGCAGGUCUUCAGUCUGGACAAAUCCACCCAAGUCUCUAACUGUGCAGUGGCCCUAGAGAAGUGGUUGGCCCGCGCCAAGAGUGGGGCCAAGAAACUCAAGAUCGACCCUAGCGAGCUUUGUGAUGUGGCAGGAGGAACCUCUACGACAGUUGGCAAUCUGUGCAGCAUUCUUUGCUCCAAAGCUGUCACCAGAGCCACCAACGCCAAGGUGGCGUUGGGCGAGAAAGUGCUGUCCCCUUUGAAGGAGGCUAUGAGCUUGGCAUCAGAGCACACUUUGGAGAUCCCGGCAGGGCUGCAGGCUGUGGCAACCCAUCUGAUUCAGAAAUGA